GGUGUAUAUAUAUAUAUAAGGCGUCGACGAGCAUCCUAAAGUCGCAACCCACACACACUAGCCCAUACGUUUGCCCAUAUCGUGGUCGACUGGUUCCAAAACGAUUCGCUCGCCCGAUUCAAAUAGGGAGCUAGCUGCCUCAAAUCAAGGGUGCGGUCCUCGCCUGCUCAGCGAUCUAGCUAUCUAUUUAUCAAGCCUCUUCCCACCAUGCGCCUUCGCCGGCUCUUCUCAACCCUGCUCGUACCUGGGGUAGCUCUCGGGCACCCAACCAGCUCCGCCGGGCCUCGGGACCCCUCCGGGGUCUCGGUCUCGGCCUCGUCGUCGUCGCAGACGUGCCGUCUCUACCGCUUCGCCGAGACGCCCAUCAACCCCCCGGCGUGCUGGGUGUGGUACGCGCCGACGGGACAGCCCGCCGACUACUGCGGCCCUAGCACCUUCUCCCCCGUCGCCUCUUCCGCCGCUUCCGCCUCGUGGCUGGACUCUUGCGUCUCCCUACGUACUGCCGAGCUCGCCGCGCCGCGCGACUUCUUCCUCGCCCAGUACGCGACCGAUAGCUUCAACACCCUCAUCGUCUCCGGAGGCUGCGCGCUUCAGGUCCGGCCCGCUCUACCACCCUCGAGUGACCAGGUCUACGUCGGUGGCACCGACGUUACCGACGUGCUCAAGUCCGCCAUCGCCGCGAGCCGGGCCGCGGGGGACCGGAACGGCAUCGAAGGCUCCAUGACAUGCUCGCCUGGCCUAGUGAACUGGAGGAUGGUGCCUAUUUAGUCGGAGAGGGUCAACCGAAGAAAAGGGGGGGGG